UUUACGCAUGGCUGCGGCAGUUUCUCAGUUCCAGUCGACUACUGGGAAAUGUUCGCGACGGAGGAAAUGUUAGUGAUCAUGACAUUUACUACAUCCAGACCUAUUCUUUUUGGAAUACAGCUAUAACAAAAAGGCAAAUUUAUCUUCCCAUUGACUGCGCUGCAGAAUCUUUCCCACUUGGCAAUAAUUCCAUUGAUUUCAUACAGGAACGAUUUUCCGUAAACGAGAAUUCCUAUACAAAUAAAUGGCAAGAAGGAUGCAAGAAUUCUGAUGCUGACGAAGCGUUCCCUGACUUUACCCCGGAUGUAAUGACCCCGGAAGAGUGCGCAGUGCAGGCCGAUAUUCGAUGUGCCUCCAACGACACUUAUGUAAAUUGUACCCAGGGUGCGGAAACCGGUGGUUACGGUAUUCUCGACUUCGACUGCAACAACGAAAGCGCUUUAAACCGCAUAAAACGAGUAGUAGCCACCAUCGCCAAACUGCCGCUACGUCCAAUUGAGCUGGACGUCUCUGACAAAACCCCAGUCACUUCCGAUGAUAUCGCUCCAGUACGACGGCAGAUCAUCAGCUAUAUCUUGGAGAACUGCACCACCCCUCGCGCCAGCAACAAACUUCGUCAACUGGUACUUCCAAAUCUGCUGGAGUAUUUUCUCUGGCACUGCUCGAAUCUGGUCGUGAAGAGGAGCGAUUUCCAGUAUUCUCAAAAACUGAGAGAAAUUGCGUUCUACAACACGACCAUUCGGACGCUGGAUGCGAACGCCUUCAUCGGCCUUCCUGAUUUGCGUAUUCUCUCUUUAGAACACGUGAUCCGGACUCUGACUCCGUUGGACGAACGUCUUCGAGGAUAUCUGUUCAGACUGCACUGUAGUUGUGACUUUGCCGGCUUCCGACGUUGGUGGAAUAAUAACACGGCCUUACUGCGGUCCGCUGCGGAAGGAGAAGUGCUUAAUUUUGCGGGGGGCUGGCAAAACUUGGAAUAUCAACGCACAGAUGUGUAUUUACCGAUUGACUGCAAGUCUGAAUACCCUAAAGAAAAACUGCUUGUCGACUACAAUGCGACAAGCUUUUCGGUGCAUGAACGUUCCUGUGGAUGAACUUAUUGUAGUUUGCAAGUACAUUACAGCAGAGUACAGCAGAUUUUAGGAAGUUUACUCGUACGAUAUUGUCAAUUAAAUUUUGUCAAAACCAAACCAAGAACGUGCGAAUGUAGCUAUCAAAACCGCUAUUUUUAAUUACGCAUUUUGGCGGCAGCGCGAAAAUUGUUAUAGUUCUGGAAGUGAGCAUUGUGGGUACCAUAAAAACUAAU